CCUGUCCAAUUGCAUUUAACAUCUCAGCAAGUCUGAAGAAAGCGACCACCAUCUUAAGGUAGUUGACCUUUUUUCUGCAACGAUUCCCAUCAGCUCUCCCCUUCUGCAUCUUCAAGAGCGAAAUUUUCCAGCAACUGCGGGGGCGAUUUCUGAAAUCGAAAUUUAACGGCUACUCUACGAGCAAAGUAGCCAGACAGAAUGGCAAAAGACAAAAAGAAGGGCGACAAGGCGGCCGCCAAAGCUGCAAAGGCUGCAAAGCAAGAGAAGAAAGCUGGCAAGAAGGAUAAGAAGCAAGCCACCAAAAACAAGGAUGUGGACUCCGACACAGAAUCCGUAGACCUUGAUGCAGUUCUGGCGCAAUAUGCGAAAGAGCAGGAGGCCUUCAAUGAAAUCACUGAGGCUCCCUGUGAGCCACCAGCAGCCAGGUCAUCCAGCACAUUGAUCGCAAACCCGGCCAAUGAGAACGAGGUUCUGUUGUACGGAGGAGAGUACUUCAAUGGCGCAACUGCACACUUCUACAACGAUCUCUUCAUUUACAACAUAAAGAGAGACACCUGGAACAAAGUCACGAGUCCAAAUUCGCCUCUACCACGAUCCGGACAUGCCUGGUGUCGAGCUGCGAACACGCAGGAGAUCUACUUGUUUGGUGGCGAGUUCAGUUCGCCUAAGCAAGGCACGUUCUAUCACUACAACGACUUCUGGAAACUGGAACCCAAGAGCCGAGAGUGGACGCGUGUGGAGACGAAAGGCAAAGCAUCAAGCCCGCCAGCGCGAAGUGGACAUCGUAUGGUCGGCUUCAAGCAGUACAUCAUUCUUUUCGGAGGUUUCCAGGACACUUCAGCGACUACAAAGUAUUUAAACGAUAUAUGGAUCUACGACUGUGUCAACUUCACGUGGCACACGCCAAAGUUGCAGGCAGCGCGCGCAGUCCCAGAUGCACGAUCAAGCUUCUCACUACUUCCCCAUGACCAAGGUGCCGUCAUUUAUGGCGGCUACUCCCGAGUGAAGACUGCUGCAGGUGGUAAUAAGGGACAGCAGCAGCAGGUCAAAGGCAAGAAAGGAGGCGGCGGCGGUGGUCCUGCAUCUCGAAUGGUAUUGAAGCCAAAGGUCCACGUUGAUACCUGGUUCCUGCGUGUCACGCCGCCACCCGCUGACCAGCCGUCAACGAACCCACCAACGGUGUCGUGGGAUAAGCGUAAGAUGCCUGCGAACGCGCCAAAUCCGGCGCGUGCUGGAGCUACGAUGGCCUUCCACAAGGGUCGUGGCGUGAUGUUUGGCGGUGUCCAUGACGUCGAGGAGAGCGAGGAGGGCAUCGACUCUGAGUUUUUCAAUCAGAUGUUCAUCUGGAACAUUGAGCGAAACAGAUACAUGCCCUUGUCACUACGCCGGCCCAAAGCCAACGCAAAUAAGCAGGCGGCCAAGCAAGCGAAUGUCAGCCGCCGUGCACGUGGAAAAGCUGAUGAGGAAGAGCUGCUCGCCAACCUCAAGGCGUUGGAGGAGAAAAUCGGAGCUGCCACUCCGCAUGAUUCGGACGACGAGGCAGAAAAGGCCAAAGAAGAAGACGAGGAAGAGGAACAACGCCCUGAGAAGCCGCGCCUUUUCGAGUUCCCGCACCCACGCUUCAAUGCAGCCCUCGCCGUCCAAGGCGACACGCUCUACAUCUACGGCGGCACAUUCGAAAAAGGCGACCGCGAAUUUACUUUCGACGAGCUCUGGUCCGUCAACCUGAACCAUCUAGAUGGCGUGCAAGAGAUCUUCAAGCGCGAGCUGGACGACUGGCUCGGCAGCGACGACGAAGCAGACUCGGAAGACGACGAAGACGAAGACGACGAGGACGAGGACGAUGAAGAUGAAGAAGAUGAGAAGUCUGCUCCUUCCACCGCACCAACAAGCGUCACCGACUCGCCCGUCGUCGUGCCCUCAAAGGACGCAGAAGAGGACCUCGGCACCAACGAGGAGAUCUCCGCGCUCACUGAUGGUCUGCCUCACCCGCGGCCGUUCGAGUCGCUACGCGAGUUCUACGCCAGGACGCAAGAAACGUGGAUUAAUCUCAAGAUCGAGGAUCUUGAUCGUAAGAAGAGGACGGAUGAGUUUGGUGUAAAGGAGAUAAGACAGCUGGCUUUCAAGGAUGCCGAGGAGAAGUUCUGGGAUUGCAGGGAGGAGAUCCGUGCGCUCGAGGACGAGCAGGAGGCCGCAGGUAUCGGUGAGGUGGUUAGUUUGGCGGAUAAGGAGAGCGCUGGUGCGGGGGCGGGGCGGAGGAGAUAGACGU